GAUACGUUUGACAAGGUCAUAUUCAAUGUAAAGGAAUAUUUCGCUUUACCGUCUGUGUGUUGGAGUUUCAUCAUUUAGGGAACUCCUCAAUUAAUUAAUAUCCUGCGGUAAUUUGUUUUGUGAUAGUUUUGGUUUUUAUUUUACGCAGUUAUGUCUUUAACUACAAUGGGAGAUGAUAAAGUGUUCAAUUUUGAACAGGAGUCUCAAUCAGACAGAUUAGCAAGGAAAUCGAAGGAAACACCUUUCUUUCCAAUUGCUAUUGGCAUGUGUACGCUAGCUGUAGGAUAUGGAGCAUACGCAUUUAAAAAUAGGGGGAAAAUGAGCCCCAGCGUAUACUUAAUGCAUCUUCGUGUUGGAGCCCAAGGAGCUGCUGUCGGUUCACUUACACUGGGUUUACUAUACACGAUGAUCAACGAACAUAUAUUAAAGAAGAAAAAUUAAACGUUUUAAUAGAAAAUAGUAAUUUUAGACGCGUGUACUUGUACAGAUACUUAUAAAUCUUCAGGCUUGAUUCCAUAUUUAUUGUGAAUAUUAUGUUAUUGUCUAUUGUACAUAAUUGUUAACUUAUUGACAAACUAUUUAUUGAAAUAAAUUGUAAGUUACAGUUAAGAGACAGAUGAUAAUUAUGAUAUAUUCUAGGGCAAUAUACAAGUAUUAUAUUUCAUCCAAAGUUUUGAAUUUAAAAUCUAUUUUUCUUAAUAUAUUUUAUCUCAUA